UUUGAGGAUUUACGACGUUGAUGACCGUUGAAAUGCACGUCAUCACGUCUUGCGUACAACAUAGAGGCUAGUGGCAGUGCGCGCGCGGGCAAGUCGUCAAGUCGAAGCAGCUCGACAAGGUUGGCGCUUUUAUCAGCUACUUGUGACGCUAAAUAAUGGCAUACCACAGAAACUGGAGGAAACGUCAUGCUGAAGUGCUGUCUCUUGCAGAUGAUGAUUCAAAUAGCAGUGAUACAGAUGGGUUACUGAGGGCUCGGUUCAGUGAGGAUGAAACUGAUUCUUUGCCACCUUCAGCCGAUGGCAACAUUUCAGAUUAUGACUCUGAUGCGUUAGUGCUGUCUUCUGACACUGACUCUGAGGUUGCUGACUAUUUGUGUGAUGAUUCUGCAGAGGAAAGUGCUCCUGAUCUGGGAGAGGAAAUUGCAGCAUGGGCAGCUACCAACAAAUGCAAGCGAUCUGGACUAAAUGAACUACUAGAUAUUCUAAGGCGCCAAGGACAUCGCCUCCCCAAGGAUGCCAGAACCCUGCUGAAAACCCCUAAAAGAGUGGAAGUAGUUGAUCUGUGUGGUGGACAAUAUGCCUACUUUGGUAUUGCAUCAGGAGUACUGAAGGUUUUAUCCCAGAAUCCUGUUUUCCAUGAAGACCGAAUAGAUAUGUGCUUUAACAUUGAUGGCAUUCCAUUAUUUAAAUCAUCAAGUCUGCAAAUGUGGCCAAUCCUGUGCAGUUUCCAUGAUUUUGCACCCUUCAUUGUGGCACUCUAUUGUGGAAAAGCAAAACCGAGCCCAGUUAAAGAUUACCUCUCUGAUUUUCUACAGGAGUUGCAGCAACUUAUGCAAGAUGGCAUAGUCCAUGGAGAGAAAGCACUGCAAGUGACUGUAAAAUCCUUUGUUUGUGAUGCACCAGCUCGAUCAUUCCUGAAAUGCAUAAAGAAUCACAAUAGCUACUUCGCAUGUGAGCGCUGCACAGUUAAAGGCACCUAUGUGGGACGAGUUGUUCUUGGUGCUACAUCGCCUGGUGUUGUUGCAAGGUCUGAAGCAGAUUUCAGUAGACUUGCCUACAAAGACCAUCAAAUUGAGAAAUCCCCACUGACACUAGCUGGAAUUCCAUGUGUUCGGCCAUUUGCAUUGGACUACAUGCACUUGGUGUGUUUGGGUGUAGUUAGGAGAAUGCUUCACUACAUGCAGAGAGGACCCCACACAUGCAGACUGUCAUUUCAGCAAAGGAGUGACAUUUCAGAUAAACUAAAGGCAUUGAAUGGAGAACUACCUAGUGAGUUUGCACGGCAACCUAGGACUUUACUGGAAUUGGACAGAUGGAAGGCUACAGAACUUAGACAGUUUCUCCUUUAUACUGGACCAGUGGUUCUAAGAAAAGUGGUUUCACAUGCUGUAUACAAACACUUUCUUUCCUUGAUGGUUGCGGUGUCCGUCCUUUUGAAUUCGGAUGAUGCAGACCGUAAGGAACACUUAGACUAUGCUCGAGAGCUACUCAUGUACUAUGUGAAGAAGUGUGAGGCUAUAUAUGGAAACACCUUCGCUGUAUACAAUGUUCAUUCACUAAUUCACUUACCAGAUGAUGUGGAACACUUCAACUGUUCACUGAAUGGGAUUUCAUGCUUUCCAUUUGAGAACUACCUGCAGACUCUAAAGAAAAUGGUCAGACAAUCUCGCAAUCCUAUAGCCCAAGUUGCCAAGCGUCUAGCAGAAAUUGAAAAUUCUACAAAAUCUAGGCCUUUUACCAAAGAGAGCUUUACUCGCAUAUCCACAAGGCCAAGAGAUUGUUGUUUCAUCCUUCAGAACAAGGACUAUGUCUUUGUGAAGGAAAUGCAUGAAGAUGGCACCUUGGUUUGCGAUGUGCUACACCAAUGCAACACAGAGAGUUUCUUCACUGAUCCUUGUGAUUCUAAACUGCUCCACAUCAUCCGUGUUAGAGAUAUCAGCAGAACUAGACGUCGACUGAUCAGCAAACAGCAGUUGAUUCGUAAAGUUGUCUGUCUGCCAGCCAACCCUGGUGAAGCUGACACAGGAUUCAUUUUGUUCCCCAUGUUGCAUGAAAUAGAACGUAACUGA